AUGGAGGAGUUGAAAGUUUCUAAUGUAGAAGUCACCUAAGAAAAAUUGAGGUGCAUUACUAAUUAUCUUAAAUUGUUUUUUUCGAAUAGAGAUCAGAUUGAAUCAGAAGAAAUUCAUUAUGUAAAAAAUAGCAUAAAUGAAUAAUAAUAUUUAAACAGAUCAUUGAUUCUGAAAUCGAACUAGUCUUUAAACUUUAGGUUUACAAGAUAAAAGAAUGAAGACCAACGUUAAUCAACAGUAGUUGAUUUUGCAAAUGAAAACAUUGGGGGUUAGGCCUUACAUUAUAAAAGCUGUACUCAAGAAGAUGUAUAACGUAUUUAUAAAACAUUUAGAUAUUAAUGCUCAUAUAUCCUGAGGCUCUAAUUAGUAUGCUAUUUGUGCAACCAAUGAAGGCAAAUGAAGCUGUUUUAAUCCAAAAUCUUAUAAAGUAUAAUAAUUAUACGGGAUACGAAAACACAUUCAAACAGAGGAACUUGGAAUAGUUUAGAUGGGAGGAGAAAUACAAUCUACUAGUAAGAAGGCUAUGUAAAUACUUUAUAGGCUAUCGAUGCUGAGGUGUUCUUCGAUGAUGAGGAUUAAUUCAGCUAAAAAAAUAUCAAUAGGGAACUAAUCAAAUGCUAUUGUGGAUUUGAAAUAGCUUUGUUGAGAGAACCAAAAUAUGCAAUUUCGACUGGAAAGUGGGGUUGUGGCAUAUUCAAGGGGAAUCCAUAUUUAAAGACUCUAAUAUAGUUAGUUUGCUAUGGUUAGGCAUGUAGUGCAGCAAAAGAUCCAACUAAUAAUGAGAUAAUAUUUAAUGUUAGCAGUGAUGUUGAACUUUACAGUUUUGGCUAAGAGUUGCUGAGGAGGAAAGAGUUCAUCACCUUGAAUAGUUUGGAAGUAACCUUAAGGAGGAUAAAAGACUACAAGUUCAAUAGUAAUGAGGAGUUGAGAAUGAAAAUAUUGAAUGAAUUAUAAAAAAAGUAAAGUUCAGUGAGACACCCUUUGAGAAAUGCUUUAUUGGGUUGUGUUUUGAUAAGUUUUGCUGGUUUUUUAUGGAAUUGGCAGAUGAAGUGAGUGUUGA